UUACUCAUUAAAUUUUUUGUUUAUGAGGUUGUCACUAAAAAUUCAAAUGUGAGUGGUGACACUAGUGACGUUUGAGGUUAUGUUCGAUUCACGUAAACACCAAAUGUUGAAUAAGUUCUAACGGGACCAUAAUAAUGAAAUUUCGGACAUUUUCAUUACUUAAACGUUUUUCAACAAUUCCGAAAAUUAGUCCAAAAAUAUGUGUGGUGGGUUCAGGCCCUGCAGGCUUUUAUGCAGCUCAGUAUAUGGCAAAUAGGCUUGAAACGGCUCAAAUUGAUAUAAUUGAAAGACUACCAGUCCCAUUUGGAUUAGUCAGGUUUGGUGUUGCUCCUGACCAUGCAAAUCUUAAAAACUGUAUCAACACUUUUUCAAAGACUGCACAAUUAAAAAAUGUUAGAUUUAUGGGGAAUAUUACCCUAGGAAGAGACGUCACAUUAAAACAAUUGAAAGAAGCCUAUCACGUAGUUUUAUUGACUUAUGGAGUUGACGAUAGUCGCAAGCUAAAUAUUAAAGGCAGUGACCUUAGAAACAUAUUCCAAGCCAAAGAUUUCGUUGGUUGGUACAAUGGAGUCCCCUGGAAUAGAGACCUCACUGUAGACCUUUCAGACACGACUGCUACGAUUUUCGGCCAUGGAAACGUCGCUAUUGACGUUGCGAGACUCUUAUUAUCACCAAUAGACAAAUUAAAGUCAACAGACAUCACUGAACACUCGUUAGCAACCUUUGCGCAAUCCCGGAUCAAAGAGGUGAAUCUAAUCGGUCGCAGAGGCCCUUUGCAAGUCUCCUUCACCACAAAAGAGCUACGAGAAUUGUUAAAUUUGCAAAAUUGUUGCACAGUGUGGCGCCCUGAAGACAUGCAAGACGUGCCAGAACUAGUGCCAAAGUUGGUAAAACCGCGCAAACGCUUGACUGAAUUAAUGGUUGAUCAAUUCCAAAAACGUCAAACUCCAAAACUGGAUGAAAAACAACUCAAAAUGAUUUUUCUCAGGUCGGCGAAAGAGUUUGGCGGUUCACUCAAAGUCGAAUCGGUCAAAUUGCAAAUAAACCGAUUAGAAGGCGACGAUUUAUUAGAGAAAAAAGCAGUGCCAACUGAACGAGAAGAAACAAUCGCUAGUAGUCUUGUUGUGGCAAGCAUUGGGUACAAGUCUGUGCAAGCCGACAACGACAUACCAUUCAAUAGUCAAUUAGGUGUUGUAGAAAAUAAGUAUGGGAAAGUGGAUAAUGGUUUGUAUACUGCGGGUUGGGUGGCAAAGGGCGCUAGUGGUGUUUUGCUCCAUACUAUGGAACAUGCGUUUGGUGUAGCGUCUGUUAUUUUGAAAGAUUUGGAACUUGAGGGGGUUAAGCAAACAAAACCGGGGUUUGACUUUGUUAGGAAGCUUCUAGAUGAGAGGAAUGUGCAAGUUGUGACGUGGGAAGAUUGGUUGAAGAUUGAUGAAUAUGAGAAGAAUGAAGGGAAGAAGUUGAAUAAGCCGAGAGAGAAAAUUGUGGAUAUUGAACAGAUGUUGAAAAUUGCGGCGACGUAGGAUAAUUAGCGCCACAUUGCGUGACAAUAACUUUAAUUAUUAGAUUGGUAGAGGGAUUCGUAAGGUAAAAGAAAAAAUGUUGGGACAGUUGAUGUAACGAUGAGUGAAAAAUAAAUCUAUUUUUAUAUGUU